CAGGCUCAGGCGCGGGCACUGCCCCCGCGGCAGCUUUUAGUGUCUGGGCGCGGGUUUCUGUUUACCAACAGCGUGCGGGCACUGCCCGCCGAGGGCUGCCGCGGCUCGGUGUUUGGCGCCUUGGCGUUCUCUCUCAGGCGGCGCCAUGCCGACGGUGCUGGGGUUUGAAGGCAGCGCCAACAAGAUUGGCGUGGGAGUGGUGCGGGAUGGCAAGGUGCUGGCCAACCCGCGGCGGACCUAUGUCACGCCUCCGGGCACAGGAUUCCUUCCAGGUGACACUGCCAGGCACCACCGAGCUGUUAUCCUAGAUCUGCUACAGGAGGCGCUGACCGAGGCUGGAUUAACCUCCCAGGAUAUUGACUGUGUUGCCUAUACCAAGGGUCCUGGCAUGGGUGCUCCACUGGUUUCUGUGGCUGUCGUGGCUCGUACCGUGGCCCAGCUGUGGAAUAAGCCAUUGCUAGGCGUGAACCACUGUAUAGGCCACAUUGAGAUGGGCCGUCUCAUCACUGGAGCCACCAGCCCAACUGUGCUGUAUGUCAGCGGGGGAAACACACAGGUGAUUGCAUACUCAGAGCGUCGGUACCGCAUCUUUGGGGAGACCAUCGAUAUUGCUGUGGGUAACUGUCUGGAUCGUUUUGCCCGAGUGCUCAAGAUUUCCAAUGACCCAAGUCCUGGCUACAACAUUGAACAGAUGGCAAAGAGAGGCAAGAAACUGGUUGAGCUGCCCUACACUGUAAAGGGGAUGGACGUCUCAUUCUCAGGGAUCCUGUCUUUUAUUGAGGAUGCAGCCCAGCGGAUGCUGGCCACAGGCGAGUGUACUCCUGAGGAUCUGUGUUUCUCCUUGCAGGAAACCGUGUUUGCAAUGCUGGUAGAGAUCACAGAGCGAGCUAUGGCGCACUGUGGCUCCCAGGAGGCCCUCAUUGUAGGAGGUGUGGGGUGUAACGUGAGGCUGCAGGAGAUGAUGGAGAUAAUGUGCCAGGAACGCGGAGCUAAGCUUUUUGCCACAGAUGAGAGAUUCUGCAUUGAUAAUGGAGCCAUGAUAGCCCAGGCUGGCUGGGAAAUGUUCCAGGCCGGACACAGAACCCCACUCCGUGAUUCUGGGAUUACACAGAGGUAUCGGACAGAUGAAGUAGAAGUGACCUGGAGGGACUAGCAAGAUGAACAGGAUCAGAGUAGAUAGUUUCCUAAGGGGAGCCCACAGGACCCUGGGCCUUACUCUCCAUCCUGACAUGGGAGUCAAGGCAAGGCUAUGGACUCCUGUCCCCCUGGCAAAGUUCGGGCCUGCAAGUACGGUUGGGAGCCCCUGUGGAACCUUAGGAUGGCUCAACAAUAAAGAAUUUUUGAUUUUA